UCGUUGUACCCGCCUGGGCUUAGGCCCCGCAUCGAGUCGCACCUAUACCAGUACGGCCCCCUCCCCCGCGCCCUUUGCCCCACCCCGCUGGUUCCAGAACACCUGCCUUUGAAGAUUCAGGCAUUAGUGGCGUGUGAGGCCGCGGUUCGCGGGCUCGUCACCUCUCUGUCCGCCAGGCCACGGUCCCCCGGCGGAGGGAGUGAGGCGGCAGGUCGAUGCCCCUGGGCUCGCGGACGCCCUCGACUGCCUCGACGCCCUGCCGUCGGGGGACACCACUGCACCUACCUCCCGAAGGUGCCACUCGCCCACGAGCCGCUGACGCGACACCAUGACGGGGUCCGGGAUGUCGCCCGGCUACCUGGCCAAAGCCCUGGCCCUGCUUCUCCUGCUAGGCGGGAGCUUCACGCGAGCGCUCACGCCGAGACUUCACGAGCUGCUGACCCCCGAGGAGCUGGUGCGCCUGUUCGGCCAGAGCCUCGCCCAGGACUUGCCGGACUACCAGGUGGUGCUGCUGCCCGCCGCGCACCCCGCGCCCGUCGAGCUGGAGGACGUGGAGGCCGUGGAGGCAGAGGGUGGUGUCGAGGCCGAGGGCGCGGCCUUCCCCUACGAGUUCCACGCGUUCGGCAGCCCCGUGGGCUUGACGCUGCGCCGCAACCGGCACCUCAUCGCCCCGAGCUUCAGAGUGGUCCGCCGUGGCGGGGACCUUGACUCGGAGGAGGACGGGGCGCUGCAGGACGCCCCGCGCUGCCACUUCCUGCACCGGGACGAUCAGGACAUGGUGGCCGCCCUCAGCCUGUGCCACCCCAGGACCGUGCACGGCCUCAUCCUGCGCGGCAACGAGUCCCUCGAGAUCUGGCCUCUGCCCGACCGCCUGCACGACCACUUCGGUGGGGACCUCGACAGCAACGGGCUCGUGGAAGACGCUGGCCGGGUGCCGCAUCUCAUCAAGAGGGUGCCACUAGAGCGGCACCGCUACCUUUUCACCGAUGGCGAUUCAGUCGUCCACCAGGAUGUGGAGGCUGUUGUCUCGUCGAGGAAUCGAUAUCAGCAGCAGGCGCGCGGCGGCGCGCAGGCCCGGCUGGUGCUGGAGACGGCACUCUUCCUGGACGAGGCGGCGUACCGCUUGUUCGCUCCCUUCGUGUCGAACGACGAGGCGCAGCUGCGUGACAUGAUCCUGGCCUACCUCAACGGGGUGCAGGCCCUGUACCACCACCCCAGCCUGGGCCGGGCCGUGGACAUCGCCCUGGUGCGGCUAGAGCUGUUCCGGUCGCAGCCGCAGGACCUCCCGCACCACGAGGGGGACCGCGGCCCGCUGCUGGACUCCUUCUGCGAGUACAACGAGCGGCACAACCCGCCGGGUGACGAGGACCCGCACCACUGGGACAUGGGGCUCUACGUGUCCGGACUGGACUUCUUCGCCUACGAGAAUGGCCGCAAGAGCGGCGUCACGAUGGGACUGGCCACGGUGGGCGGCGUCUGCCUGGACCGAUAUGCGUGCGUCAUCGCGGAGCUGGGCACCGUCAACGUUUUUGGCAAGCCGUACCCGUCGGCUGGCUUCACCUCCGUGUACAUCCUCGCGCAUGAGAUCGGCCACAACCUGGGCAUGCACCACGACAGCACCAGCAACAGCUGCCCCAAGGAUGGCUUCAUCAUGUCCCCCUCGCGAGGCACCCAGGGCGAGGCGGUGUGGUCGUCGUGCUCCAUGGAGGUGCUGCAGCAGGCGAGCGCCGAGUGCCUCAUGGACCGGCCGCGCGCGCCGCCCAAGAACAUGGACCACAUGGGCAUGUUCAAGGACGAGCCCGGCCAGGCGUGGAGCGCCAAGAAGCAGUGCGAGAUGCUGCUCCGGGACCACGACGCCGAGCUGCGCUACCCCACCAGGCUGGCGGAUAUCUGCGACAACCUCCAGUGCCGCACGCCGCACCGCUCCGGGUUCUACUUCGCGGGCCCCGCGCUCACGGGCACGAGCUGCGGCGCGGGGAAGUGGUGCCAGGGCGGCCAGUGCGUCCCCAUGAAGCGCAAGAAGCCCACCAAGGUGGUGAAGGGCGGCUGGAGCCCGUGGCGCUCGGAGCCCUGCCAGUCCGGCUGCAUCGCCAAGGCCCGGGGUUUCCAGAAGCGUCGGCGGUCGUGCACCAACCCCCGGCCGGUGAACACGGACGAGGGCUGCGAGGGGUCCAGCGUGGACGUGGUGCUGUGCAAAGACGACAGAGUGUGCCCCAAGGCCAGGCGCCCCACCGUGGUGGAGUACGCGAGCGCCCAGUGCCGCCACUUUGCCCAGCUGCUCCCGGACCUCGACCCCGGCGGCGCGGGUCUGCAGGCCCCCCACGAGCAGGGCCGCCUCUGGAUGUCGUGCGCCAUCUUCUGCCGGCGCCGCGACACCGGGUCGUACUACACGCCGCGCCUGGACCUCAACGACAUGGGCGUGAACGCGUACUUCCCGGACGGCACCUGGUGCCACAGCGACUCGUCCGGGGCCUACUACUGCCAGCAGCGCCACUGCCUGCCGGAGGGCUUCCAGCUGAGCAAGCUGUCGCACUGGCAGUGGCAGACGGACGACGUGCCCGUGCCCCAGAACGCGCUGCCCCACGGCCUGCCGCCCCCGGCGCUGCUGCUCAGCUACCUGGGCCUGGGCGCCGACGGCCGCCCCCUGCUGGAGCAGCUGCCGCCGGGCGCCGCCACCCCGCCUCCCGACGACGCCUGGUCCGACCGCGACUACGUAGAGCUGCCCGCCAUGUGAGCAUCGCGCCGCAGUGGAAUGAGUAACAUUGCUUUGUGAAUUUUUGUGAUUUAUUUUCCUCAAUGCGUAUUUUUCAAGUUUGUACUUUUCUAAAAAAUAUUAAAGCCCCUCAUCUC